AUGGGCGAAAGAGGAGGUGCGACGGGGGGAGGGGGAGGAGGGGCGGUGAGAGGAGGGGGAGGAGGAGGCGGAGGAGGAGGUGUCGACUCAAAAACAGCCUGCGGGGCAGCAGAGCAGCAGAGCAGCAGAGCAGCAGAGCAGCAGAGCAGCAGAGCAGCAGAGCAGCAGAGCAGCAGAGCAGCAGAGCAGCAGAGCAGCAGAGCAGCAGAGCAGCAGAGCAGCAGAGCAGCAGAGCAGCAGAGCAGCAGAGCAGCAGAGCAGCAGAGCAGCAGAGCAGCAGAGCAGCAGAGCAGCAGAGCAGCAGAGCAGCAGAGCAGCAGAGCAGCAGAGCAGCAGAGCAGCAGAGCAGCAGAGCAGCAGAGCAGCAGAGCAGCAGAGCAGCAGAGCAGCAGAGCAGCAGAGCAGCAGAGCAGCAGAGCAGCAGAGCAGCAGAGCAGCAGAGCAGCAGAGCAGCAGAGCAGCAGAGCAGCAGAGCAGCAGAGCAGCAGAGCAGCAGAGCAGCAGCAGCAGCAGCAGCAGCAGCAGAGCAGCAGAGCAGCAGAGCAGCAGAGCAGCAGAGCAGCAGAGCAGCAGAGCAGCAGAGCAGCAGAGCAGCAGAGCAGCAGAGCAGCAGAGCAGCAGAGCAGCAGAGCAGCAGAGCAGCAGAGCAGCAGAGCAGCAGAGCAGCAGAGCAGCAGAGCAGCAGAGCAGCAGAGCAGCAGAGCAGCAGAGCAGCAGAGCAGCAGAGCAGCAGAGCAGCAGAGCAGCAGAGCAGCAGAGCAGCAGAGCAGCAGAGCAGCAGAGCAGCAGAGCAGCAGAGCAGCAGAGCAGCAGAGCAGCAGAGCAGCAGAGCAGCAGAGCAGCAGAGCAGCAGAGCAGCAGAGCAGCAGAGCAGCAGAGCAGCAGAGCAGCAGAGCAGCAGAGCAGCAGAGCAGCAGAGCAGCAGAGCAGCAGAGCAGCAGAGCAGCAGAGCAGCAGAGCAGCAGAGCAGCAGAGCAGCAGAGCAGCAGAGCAGCAGAGCAGCAGAGCAGCAGAGCAGCAGAGCAGCAGAGCAGCAGGGGCAUACCGGGGUUACCGGGGAGACGGUAG